ACAGGGGCCACGCCGGCGGGAGGUGCUGCCAAGCCGGGGCAGCAUCCUCCCAAGCAGGCGGCGCGUGGGAUCCAGCAGCAGCAAGUGGCCGAUACAGCAGUCCCAGCUCCACCUCCUCCUCCUGCUGCUACAGUUCAAGCGCUGGAUCCAAGGUACAAGGAUAUGACAUGCUUUAAGUGUAGUUGGCUGGGGCACUAUGUGGGGAACUACAUUGAGCCGAAGAAGUGUUUUAUCUGCGCGGGAGGUCAUAAUGUCAAUAACUGCGCUGCCUGGGCAAAGCCACAUCCUACAGCGACCUACUUUGGUAGGACAGCGGCUGGCCUGGGGUUUUACCAUAUUGAUGUACCCACUGCUUCAGAACUAAGUUGGCUUAACUACAAGAAUUGUGCAGUUCUCAAAGUGGUUAAGGGUGAGGUUUCUGCCUCAGAGUUGCUGAUUCAGCUCAAUGGAAUUUUUUGCAAAAACAAAGAGUGACCUUGGCAGAUUAGGGACUUGGGAGAGAAGAAAUUCUUGCUGAUAUUUCCACCUUGGAAAAAUGUCGAAGACCUGAUUGAGUUUCCUGCAUUUGAGCUCCCAAUUGAUGGUGUUUCUGUCAAGAUCUGUGAAUGGGUGGGAAUGCUAGAAGAAUUUGGGGGACUUACUGAGGCCUGGGUUCAAAUUGAGGGGAUUCCUCCAAAGUGGUGUGCAUGGAAGGUGUUUGCCCAGAUUACAGCUUGCUUUGGGAUCCUGGUAGAUGUGGACUGGAAUGGUAUAUUUAAGAACUUCUAUGAGAAUAUCAGAGUGAAAGUGGCUUGUAGAGACCCCAGGAAAAUUCCUUUUGAAGGGUUUGAACAACUGGGAGAGGACUCUGAUGGAGAUGAUCUGGACCCAGAUUUGGACAAUAUGGAGAAAAAGGAUGAAGAUAACAAUGAAGACAUGUCUAACAAGGAUAAAUCUCAAGGAGAAGACAUGGGAGAACCUAUUGAUGAGCUGGACAAGGCAAAUUUCCCUCCCAAAAAUACUCUGGCUGCAAGUUCCAGUCAGUCAAACUCAUAGAGAGCUGCUUCUGCAGUGGAAUUCCACCCUACCAACAUGCUGGAUACAAUUCAUGAGGAUUUUGUGGAAGAAAUUAGGAGCAAAACCCCUGAGAAGAAUAAGGAAGCAGAUAAUGAAAAAACCACUCCUGCAAAACCCUUUCCUUCUGAAAGAUCUGAUCCCAUGUCAGCACAUCUGGAAUAUUGCUCUGAACAACUAAGCAGGUUUGAAAUGGUUGAGACUGAUGAAGAGGAGGAAGAUUUGGUGGAUGAGAUGCAAUGUCUCCCUGAGGAUUUGGCUCUGGCAAUGGGAUAUGUUAAGAGAUCUCUACUGGAAACUCUGGAUAGUGUGGAAUCGGUGCAGAAGAAAAAACCAAGUGUCAAAAAUUCUCCUGUCUGGGGGCCAGUGCUCACAAGCAAACCAAUAACUAGGAAUCAUGGAGACAUUAAGAUCAUGGACAAAGCAGCUGCAUAUAUGAAGAGGAAGAACUUGGAAAUCCCCACUACUUUCAAAGGGGCAGAAAUGGAGAAACGUGAACUGCAUUCUUGCAAAACUAAGCUGUUAUUUGCACCAGUGGAAAGUUCUCUGCGAUGAUGCUCAAGCAACCCUGCUGCAAAGGUGCAUCCUUUUGUUGGACAAGCGACGUGGAGAACUGAUGCGGAUCGCCUGGAAGUGAGGUGUGGGAGGGGAGCAUGAGGGGGGCGACCCAGUGGAAAAAAUCUAUCGUUGUUCCCUUUCCUUCUGAUGUGGCUCUGUAAUAAUAAGUACCUAGAUUUCGUUCCUUCUAUGUUGGAGAGAACUUCUGCUCUCGAGCUCUAGGUAACGUAGUCUCCUGGAGAGUAGCUUUAUUCCCUACUUAGGCGCUGUGAAACUGGUUGUGACUGCUUUAUCUGCUUCAAUCUAUAAAAUUGGGGCAGGGGGGGGCAACCCUUUUCAUUAAAAAA